AUGUCUAAUGAGCAUCGUUCCGUUCCAAGUCCGAGUGGCAUUCCGAGUCCUACCAUCACCAAUGAAUCUGACAAUCCAAAUAGGUCUUGUGCAUCACCAAAUCUGACAGAAGUUACUUUGAUCCAGCGACGCGCAGCUUUGAUCCAGUCCAACGCGCGUGAAGCCACCGGGCGAGCAAUGUGUGCCAUAUGUGGGGAUCCCUGCAUCCAACCCAAAACAUCUCCGGUGAAAUUGAAUCUGGAAACCGAUUCCCUCUCAGAGAUGAACGAUCCACUUAAGAAAAAUAGUGUUUCUGGAGACACGAAAGAAAAGCAAGCAAUGGCUCAGCGACUAGUCCGUUUUGGUGGCAUGUUGGUGUGCACCACGUGUAUCGAGAUUCAAGCUGCUGAUCUGUAA